UGGGAGUGUCACAACAUUUUUUCAAAGCCAAGUGCUGUCUCUUUUACUUUCCCCACAUCUGAAACUUGCACUAUCUUUGCUGUUUUUCCUUACCUGUUUGUAAAACUGACGCGCAAAACGACGGAUAAUCGUUGUAGUGGGGUUUAUUUGACCCGAGGUACCUCAGAUGGAGUUACGAACUCGGGUAGAGGCGCGAAUUUAGGAUGUCCUCGCGAGCAUCACGCGGCGAAGUGCUACGGCAGCAGGAUGCAUUACAAGCACACCAAGCACCGGAGUGGACAAUACAGGAAGUCCACACAUCACUUGAUCUGGUUCAUCUGUCUAUGGCUUCACUUACUGCCUCAAGUAAAUGGAGUCUUUAUGUCUGAUACUAAAGCCGUCCUUCAAGGAUGUGAUGACCGCUGGACUUUCCAGGGACAGCAGGAUAUUCCUGUGCUCUUUUUGACAACAGUAUGUGUAGACGUACGGAUCUUAUCCCCCGGUGCGUGGACUGCAUUUAGCUACGUGUCGGUCCCCGCACCCCGCUACGAACUGGCUCUGCAGGGAGAUGAAAACUCCCUGUAUGCCUGGUUGUUGGGAGUACGGCAUCAGUUCCCUGUCCAGCUGACCCCUCAACGAUGGUACCACCUAUGUUUGCGAUGGGACGCCCCUCACCAAAGCUUCAGCCUGACAAUACGGCACCACCCGGAGGUGUAUCAGCGCACGGCCAUAGCCCGUGCAAUACCCCCCUCCGGGCGUCUUCUGCUUGGCUGUCGGCCAAAAGACGCCACCCCUGGGGUCAAAAUGGCUACUGUGGAGCUCCACCUGUUCCGCAUAUGGGACGAUGUGGGGGAGCAUAAUGCCUGCGAAGACGGCUCGGUGGUCGGCUGGGACUCAAGGUUUUGGACGGUCACACGAGCACAGGCUAAAGUUCAAGAUUAUACCCUGCAGUGUGGCCUAGAGCAUCUGCGUAAGAAACGCGAUGCAAUGCAAACUACGCCGAAAUCGAACACAUCGGAAGGCACAUCCGGACAAAUACUGUCAUUGACAAAGCCAAGUCCGCUUUUCACUACUUUGGGCUCCAUAAUUAACAAUGCAAAUCAACUUCUUCAAGCACAGUCUUCAUCUGUUUCUCCGAGCAGUACAUCUGUUAAUACAGCCACCCCUAUACCUCAGGGUCAGAUCAAAACCACAACCUCUCCUUCACCCUCACAACCCAGACCCACAUUGAAUUCAUCUAAUGGCAUUGUGGUGAAUACUUCAACCCCCAUUACAACACAAGCUCCUCUCACAACAACUACCACCAUCACAGUCCCUCCUCAAUCUCUGAUUGGUUCAGCUGAUAAUCCAACAACCAUUAUGACAAACACCAGUGGAUUCAACAGCAUAACCCCAACACCUGCCUCACAGACCUCUAACCUAACAGUCCAGCAAACCCAUAACACAGCUAUCUCUUCUGUAAAGCCUACCUCUGAAAUACCGGCCAAUCAGACAACAGCACACCUUAGCACUACACCUCCUGUCAUGGCUCAAAUAGCUAAUCAGUCAACAGUUGUACGGACAAAGAGGUCUUCUACAUUAUUAACAGGGUCAUUUGUGGCGCAGUGUAACUUUUCUCAGUACUGCGCUGAUCAAUCAUCAUACUACUGGAUGCCUGUGGAGGUGGAUGGAAAUAUAGCCGAACAAGAUAUUAAAAAUUGGUUUUCAGGUCUAUUUAGUAUGACCACCUGCCCUGCAGUCAGUACUACAAUAUGCCAAGCUUUUGUGACGGCUGAGGUUACAUGUCAAGACACGGUGAACAUCCAGAAGACUAACUGCACCGUGCUGAUACAACUUAAACAGCCUGAAAAUGCAUGUGAAAUCGGUAGGCUGGUGGAAAACAAUACAGGCCAACCAAUAAAAAUCAAGCUUCUAGGAGAUGUGGAGAGAGUGGGUAAAGGCUUCUGCAUGGAGAAAACCAUUUUAGCCCCUGGUGGUGGUUAUGUGCAUUGCACAUCCUCUAUGUCUUACAAUGAAGUCUGCCAAAUCCAAGGGCCUGUCAGCGUAACAUGCUCUUCUGGAGAUAAUGAUAUCAUCCCUAAUGAUUUACAGAUACUUAGUGACCAAGCCUGCAGUGUUGCAAACCAGCAGCAAUGUGAAUGUUACAUAUCUAACUCUGAAGCAUAUUUUGCUGUUCGUAUAAACAUUUCGAGCCCCGAUGUGGAUUUCACCUCCAUCCAGAACUCGGUUUUAAAGUGGAGCUCUUCCUGCGACACAAACAGCGUUUCAGGGUCUCUGUGUGACGUUUUACAUGCAUAUCAGGGAAUGCAUCUGGAAUGUUUUGGUGAAGCAGCAAGGCUCUACACCUGCAUGUUAACUCUGCAACUGUCACAAACGCUGGAUGUGUGCAUUGUUAGCAAAGCUGUAGCCGAAAUGUGGAAGGAUAGCACCAACGUAUAUUUUGGUGGGCCUGUGUAUAGAACAGCUAUAUGUCGUUUGCCCAGUACCACUGACAGCAACCUUUUGAACUCUACAUUUACUUGGACCUCUGUCAAUCUGAGCACCAGCCAGAUCAGUGAUGUCCAAAACCAGCUAAUAUGUGAUCAGGGUCAGACGUAUGCUGUUCUUUUAAGUGAUAGUUGUGAGAUCCCAUCUGAAUCCUACACUACUCCAUCUGUUCCUCCAAGCACAAGCACAGAGGGCGGAGCUACAUCCCUAAAUGUCACUUCUCCAUCAGUAACUACAGGCCCGCCACAGAGCAGCCAUACCAACACAACGGUUACAACAUUCAGCACUGUCAACACACAGAAUAAUGCUUCUGUUACAUCGUUCAAUACAACAGUCUCAGUAUCCAGCAUUAGCUUCACGCCCACUAACAGCACAGACACUCAAAGAAACACACUUUCACUCAGUACAACUGGACUGCCACUCAUUCCAUCAACCAGACUGCCCACUACAACAGACACGCAAAGAAAUACAGCAAGCACACUGGAAAUUGCAACUCUAACACCAUCCAAUAUAUCAACUGGACCAUUAGUCAAUACAACAGCCAUACCACUCAUUAAAACAGUCACACCAAUUAAUGCAACAGACACAACACUCAAUGCACCAGUCACAACACUCAAUGCAACAGACAGACUAUUAACUACAACAAUUACACCACAUAAUGCAACAGUCACCACACCUAAUGCAAUACUCUCAACACCUAAUGCAACAGUCACAACACUCAAUGCACCAGUCACAACAUUCAGUGCAACAGACAGACUAUUAACUACAACAAUUACACCACAUAAUGCAACAGUCACCACACCUAAUGCAAUACACUCAACACCUAAUGCAACAGUCACAACACUCAAUGCACCAGUCACAACACUGAAUCCAACAGACAGACUAUUAACUACAACAAUUACACCACAUAAUGCAACAGUCACCACACCUAAUGCAAUACACUCAACACCUAAUGCAACAGUCACAACACUCAAUGCACCAGUCACAACAUUCAGUGCAACAGACAGACUAUUAACUACAACAAUUACCACACACAAUGCAACAGUCACCACACCUAAUGCAACAGUCACAACACUCAAUGCACCAGUCACAACACUCAAUGCAACAGACAGACUAUUACCUACAACAAUUACACCACAUAAUGCAACAGUCACCACACCUAAUGCAAUACACUCAACACAUAAUGCAACAGUCACAACACUCAAUGCACCAGUCACAACAUUCAGUGCAACAGACAGACUAUUAACUACAACAAUUACACCACAUAAUGCAACAGUCACCACACCUAAUGCAAUACACUCAACACCUAAUGCAACAGUCACAACACUCAAUGCACCAGUCACAACAUUCAGUGCAACAGACAGACUAUUAACUACAACAAUUACACCACAUAAUGCAACAGUCACCACACCUAAUGCAAUACUCUCAACACCUAAUGCAACAGUCACAACACUCAGUGCACCAGUCACAACACUCAAUGCAACAGACAGACUAUUACCUACAACAAUUACACCACAUAAUGCAACAGUCACCACACCUAAUGCAAUACUCUCAACACCUAAUGCAACAGUCACAACACUCAGUGCAACAGUCACAACACUCAAUGCAACAGACAGACUAUUAACUACAACAAUUACACCACAUAAUGCAACAGUCACAACACUCAAUGCACCAGUCACAACACUGAAUCCAACAGACGGACUAUUAACUACAACAAUUACACCACAUAAUGCAACAGUCACCACACCUAAUGCAAUACUCUCAACACCUAAUGCAACAGUCACAACACUCAGUGCAACAGACAGACUAUUACCUACAACAAUUACACCACAUAAUGCAACAGUCACCACACCUAAUGCAAUACUCUCAACACCUAAUGCAACAGUCACAACACUCAGUGCAACAGUCACAACAGUCAAUGCAACAGACACAACACAGAAUACACCAGACAGACUAUUAACUACAGCAAUUACACCACAUAAUGCAACAGUCACCACACCUAAUGCAAUACUCUCAACACCUAAUGCAACAGUCACAACACUCAAUGCACCAGUCACAACACUCAAUGCAACAGACAGACUAUUACCUACAACAAUUACACCACAAAAUGCAACAGUCACCACACCUAAUGCAAUACUCUCAACACCUAAUGCAACAGUCACAACACUCAAUGCACCAGUCACAACACUCAAUGCAACAGACAGACUAUUACCUACAACAAUUACACCACAUAAUGCAACAGUCACCACACCUAAUGCAAUACUCUCAACACCUAAUGCAGCAGUCACAACACUCAAUGCACCAGUCACAACACCUAAUGCAACAGACAGACUAUUAACUACAACAAUUGCACCACAUAAUGCAACAGUCACAACACUCAAUGCAACAGUCACAACACUUAAUGCACCAGUCACAACACUGAAUCCAACAGACGGACUAUUAACUACAACAAUUACAUCACACAAUGCAACAGUCACCACACCUAAUGCAGUACUCUCAACACCUAAUGCAACAGUCACAACACUCAAUGCACCAGUCACAACACUGAAUCCAACAGACGGACUAUUAACUACAACAAUUACACCACACAAUGCAACAGUCACCACACCUAAUGCAGUACUCUCAACACCUAAUGCAACAGUCACAACACUCAAUGCACCAGUCACAACACUCAAUGCAACAGACAGACUAUUACCUACAACAAUUACACCACAUAAUGCAACAGUCACCACACCUAAUGCAAUACUCUCAACACCUAAUGCAACAGUCACAACACUCAGUGCAACAGUCACAACAGUCAAUGCAACAGACACAACACAGAAUACACCAGACAGACUAUUAACUACAGCAAUUACACCACAUAAUGCAACAGUCACUACACCUAAUGCAAUACUCUCAACACCUAAUGCAACAGUCACAACACUCAAUGCACCAGUCACAACACUGAAUCCAACAGACAGACUAUUAACUACAACAAUUACACCACAUAAUGCAACAGUCACCACACCUAAUGCAAUACACUCAACACCUAAUGCAACAGUCACAACACUCAAUGCACCAGUCACAACAUUCAGUGCAACAGACAGACUAUUAACUACAACAAUUACACCACAUAAUGCAACAGUCACAACACUCAAUGCACCAGUCACAACACUGAAUCCAACAGACAGACUAUUAACUACAACAAUUACACCACAUAAUGCAACAGUCACCACACCUAAUGCAAUACACUCAACACCUAAUGCAACAGUCACAACACUCAAUGCACCAGUCACAACAUUCAGUGCAACAGACAGACUAUUAACUACAACAAUUACCACACACAAUGCAACAGUCACCACACCUAAUGCAACAGUCACAACACUCAAUGCACCAGUCACAACACUCAAUGCAACAGACACAACACAGAAUACACCAGACAGACUAUUAACUACAGCAAUUACACCAGAAAAUGCAACAGUCACCACACCUAAUGCAAUACUCUCAACACCUAAUGCAACAGUCACAACACUCAGUGCAACAGUCACAACACUCAAUGCAACAGACACAACACAGAAUACACCAGACAGACUAUUAACUACAGCAAUUACACCAGAAAAUGCAACAGUCACCACACCUAAUGCAAUACACUCAACACCUAAUGCAACAGUCACAACACUCAGUGCAACAGUCACAACACUCAAUGCACCAGUCACAACAUUCAGUGCAACAGACAGACUAUUAACUACAACAAUUGCACCACAUAAUGCAACAGUCACAACACUCAAUGCAACAGUCACAACACUUAAUGCACCAGUCACAACACUGAAUCCAACAGACAGACUAUUAACUACAACAGUUACACCAGAAAAUGCAACAGUCACCACACCUAAUGCAAUACUCUCAACACCUAAUGCAACAGUCACAACACUCAGUGCAACAGUCACAACAGUCAAUGCAACAGACACAACACAGAAUACACCAGACAGACUAUUAACUACAGCAAUUACACCACAUAAUGCAACAGUCACUACACCUAAUGCAAUACUCUCAACACCUAAUGCAACGGUCACAACACUCAAUGCACCAGUCACAACACUGAAUCCAACAGACAGACUAUUAACUACAACAGUUACACCAGAAAAUGCAACAUUCACCACACCUAAUGCAAUACACUCAACACCUAAUGCAACAGUCACAACACUCAAUGCAACAGUCACAACAUUCAGUGCAACAGACAGACUAUUAACUACAACAAUUACACCACAUAAUGCAACAUUCACCACACUCAAUGCAACAGUCCCAACACCUAAUGCAACAGACAGACUAUUGACUACAACAGUUAUACCACAUAAUGCAACAGUCACCACACCUAAUGCAAUAGACUCAACAUCUAAUGCAACGGUCACAACACUCAAUACAACAGACAGACUAUUAACUACAACAGUUACACCACAUAAUGCAACAGUCACCACACCUAAUGCAACAGACACCACAACUAAUGAAACAGUCUCAACACCUAAUGCAACAGUCACAACACUCAAUACACCAGACAGACUAUUAACUACAACAGUUACACUACAAAAUGCAACAGUCACCACACCUAAUGCAACAGUCAAUGCAACAGACAGACUUUUAACUACAAUUGUUACACCACUUAAUUCAAUAGUAACGACACUCAACGCAACAGUCACAACACUCAAUGCGACAGUUACAACACUCACUGCAACAGUCACAACACUCAAUGCAACAGUCACAACACUCAAUGCAACAGUCACAACACUCAAUACAACAGUCACACCACGCAAUACAACAGAAACACAAUUAUCUGCAACAUACUACAGUCACACCACUGAAUACAACAGUCAUCACACUCAAUACAACAGUUACACCACUAAAUACAACAGUCACAACACUUAA